UAGGACUUAACCUGCGUCACUUUUGGCCAAAUGGGGCACUGUACUUUACUUCAUCCUUCGGUCAAACUCUAACGUGGAAUUUGGGAAAAUAUUUUAGUCUCACUAUGUGACAGAACAGUCAAACUCCUAAAAGUGUAUAAUUCAUUUAUUUCAUGGUGUCGAGUAGGAUUUUAUGUUGACUUGGAGUCCAUAUUGAAGGAUUUCUUCGUGUUAAGGGAAGGAGAAGGACGCUUCUCUCUCUCUCUGUAUAUAUAUUUUAAUCCCUUUAUAGGUCAACAACAACAACAACGUUUACAUGUUUCUGGUGGGGCUAACGGGAGGAAUCGCCUCAGGAAAGAGCACCGUGUCCUCUCAGCUCAGGGAGCUCGGCUGUGCUGUCAUCGACGCAGAUGUCGUGGCCAGGAAAGUGGUGGAGCCUCAGACCCGAGCGUACCGGCUCCUCGUGCAGCACUUCGGGCAGGAGAUUCUGCUGGAGAACGGUGAGAUAGACAGGCAGAAGCUCGGCCAGAUCAUCUUCUCCAACCCCGAGAAACGCAGAAUGCUUAACUCCAUCACACACCCCGAGAUCCACAGAGCCAUGCUCAAACAGAUCCUGUACUAUUUCAUCCGAGGUUACCGGUAUGUCAUUUUGGACGUGCCUCUGCUGUUCGAGACGCGUCGUCUCACUCACUUAAUGAAGCACACAGUGGUCGUCUACUGUGACCCCGGCACUCAGCUGGCUCGACUCAUGCAGCGUGACACUCUGAGCCGGGAGGAGGCAGAGCAGCGCAUUGCUGCUCAGAUGCCGCUGAGCGAGAAGCGUGGGCUGGCCAGGCAUGUAAUCGAAAACUCUGGCUCGCGGGAGGACACACACCGCCAGGUUUUGCGCUUACACACUGCGCUGGACGACUCCAUGGAGUUCCUGCCCAUCAGAGCAGUCGCCGUGGCAGCCGUCGCUGGGCUGGGAGGCCUCUUUCUGUACAUGAUUAAACUCCUAGCCUCCUAGCCAUCAGGUGCAAAAACUUUUUAUAUAGCUAAUGUACUUUAUGUGCAGAAAUAACCUAGAGGUUGAGUCCAGGGCUUCCAUACUUACACGAGUAUUGCAAUAUGGGGUGAAAAUGUCAUUAUGUAUAUAUUUUUAUUUUUUAAAUUUAAUGUCUAUUACAAAGAGUUUGACAGACUAAACUCAAAAUGUCAGAGCGUUGUCCUAGUGAACACAUAAAAAUCUGAGCAAAACUGUAGUUCUCACACACAACAUGACCUUUAUCACUUACCAUCUGUUGUCCAGUUGACACACUACCAUGCAGACAAGGCUCAUGCAUCAAUCAUCAUCAUCAUUUCACCUGGAAGGAUCAGAAUAACAAGCACCUCACUCCACAAUGCCUUGUUGAAAUUUGGCCAAAUAUAAAAUUGACACACUUUCCUGCUUUCUUUCCAAAACCCGACCCCUUUACUUUUGCAUCAGGCCUCGUUUGUCAAGCUAGAUACAAAAAAAGUUUUUGUAAAUUUACAUUACACACGUGAAACUCAAUUGAUCGGAUUCAAACCGAAUAAUGGGUGAUGAGUUACUGUGAUUUUCUAUGCAGAUUACGCUGUCACGUUAAAAUCGCUUAUUUAUUUCAAGCACAGACAAAUUUUGGGAAACUCAGUCGUUUCAUAUUAAUGGCUUGAAAGAUGGUAAGCCAAAACAAAUCUGUCAAUUAAGAAUUUACAAGGAGAAGGACACAUAGUGUCCUUGGUAGCUAUGGUAGCUGACCCGCUGCAGUGGCUGAGCUGCAUUACUGGGAGGUUUAGUGCACACACUGCGCUCUUUCACUGUUCAGUUGUGAUUUUGUCAUUUUGUGUCUUUUGUGGGGUUUUGUGGGUAUGGCAAAAUGUAAACGUGCUGCGAAUGCACUUGCUAAUUUACAGCUUAUUCACAUUAAUCAACAUACGCACAUGAGUACAAAGAAAAUCAGCGAAACCUUUGCAAAUCUGACGUGAAUUUUUAGUUUGAUUUGGCCUAUGAAAUCAUUUACACACAGUUUUGCUAAAAGAUUGAUAAAUGAGGCCCAUUGAGUCACUCAGUCAUAGGAUUUAGACAAACAAUUUAUAAAAUUUGUGAAAUGAAAUAACAUGCUGUAAAUAAAAUAUUUAAUAAGAUUUUAUUUUAAGAUUGCUAUGUUAAAAAACAUAACACUAACAUGUUUAGCUAACACGAUUUUAUGGAAAGCCUUACCCGCUUCAAUACUGUUUUAUUUUUUUUAGUAUUUUUAAUAGUGUGUAAUGCAGAAUGGAUUUUUAACACAUAGACACUCACCCUUGAGGCAUGUUUAGUGUCUGAUGUUUGAUUUUUGAAGCCUUGAGGCUAAAGUAGCUAACAAGUAAUGGAAGUCUCACCCAAAAUGGCUACAAAUACAUGCCUGCAUUCUUCAAAUCACAUUGUGAAGCUACAUGAAUUCAAUUUAAUAUAAACGUUAUCAGUAAAUGUUUUCAGUUUGAAAUGGACGUAUGUAAUUCUCAGCAGCACAAUUUACAUAUUUCUGGUACAACUCUGGUACAAAGCUUUGGGAAGUGGGGCUUGAGCCUAAACUGGAUUUUUUUUUAAAGUAUACCUUUAAGGGAGUCUAUAAGGGAAGAAGGGGAAGAGGUGGAAUCGAAGACAGUGUGUCAAAAGAGUAUUGAAACACUGUCUUCAUACUGAACCACACCAUGUGGGUGUUUUUUCAUUUGCAUUUAGCCUCUUCCUGUUGAAAGUGAGUUUUCUCAUUUUCUAUGAAAUUAUUUAUUCUUCUAUAUUUAGUUUACUGAAAGUGCACUAACGGACGUCCAGCUGACUUAACACACUUCUUCACAGUGUAUAUAAUUCUGUAGUCAUAAAGCUGAGGCUGAAAUGCUCAUCAUAUGACUCAUUCCUGAAGUACCUGAUAUAAAUACACUGUGAUGAAAGCGCAUGAACACUAUCAUCUGUUCAUAUAGCUCAGUUUCAUUUUUCUUUUAUCUCUGUCUCACACACACACGCACACACACACACUCUAAAAUCAGUGCUGCUCUUUGGAAAUGAAGGGAAUGUAACAGUUGAACUGACACAUUAAACAGGUUUCAACACAACCUGGUGUAAAAUUUGUUUUAUUUAUGAAAUUCUCUACACUUUCUGUAUUUUCCUUGUUGCUGAGGUGCUAUCUUUUAUCUUGUAUACCUUUAAUAUUUAUCUUUCAACUACAUGUGGAUGUAGUGUACCGUUAAAAACAAUUUAAGGGACACAACUGGACAGUAAUUACUUUUUUACAGCUUUACAGCUUUAAUUAUAGCUUUAAAGAUACACUACAAGCACCUUUCUAGGUAAGAGACAUUGUUGUAAUGCUUAAUGUGUUGCUGGUGAUGUAAUACAAUACAUACAGUAGAUGCUCUGCUUUUUUUGUCAUGAAAUUCACCUUUCAAUAGGCCCGUUUAUCAAUCUUUAUCUAAAUUUUCAGAAACAUUGAUUUAUGCAUUGAUGUUGAUGAAUGCCAGUCACCAGGCGCGUGAUUUGCAUUUGGUGACGCCCACUAAACUCCAUAAAAGGCAAAUUUCGCAGAGCCGAAAUGAUAAGUAAGUAGCAAAAUUUAUAUAAUUUGACCCCAAUCAAUAGAGGUUUACAUUAUUCUUCUUACACAUAAAUUUACACACACUUAUGAGCAUGAGAAGGAUACAAACAUUUUUUCUGAAAUUACGGAAUACCAAAUUUCUUGUGUAAAUGCUCAUUUAUGAAUAAAUCUAUUCAUAUCCAGCUUGUUAAAUGAGGCCUGUUGUGAAUCACAAUUUCCAGCAUGGGAACGCUGCUUGCUAUUGCUCACAGUUGUGCUUGCAUUUAUGUUUUGACAUGUGUUUUGAUGUUGAUCUCUGAACAUGUCCCUGUCCUGUCAUUGGUUUAUUACCCUGUUGUGUUCACCUGUUCUGUGUUCAGCCCUUAAUUAGCUUGUCUGUUUCUUCCAUGUUGCUUCUAAUGCUUCUGCUUCUUCUUGUUUUCGUGCAUUACUGAGGCUUAAUUUCUGUUCCUGGUUUCUUCCAGUUUGCCGACACAUCCCAGUUAACGGUUUUUGAUUAUGGGUCUUUGAUGUCGCUUUCCUUUUAAUUUAAAAGGAUAAACUUUAAUUAUGAUUCGUGGAUCAGCCUUAAUAAAACACAUGCUGAGUAUAUGCACUUGCAUCCCUCUUCUAACUGUAUGUUGCAUAAACUUUGUCUAAAAUGUUUGUUUUCUGUAUUAGUACAUUUGAUCAUUUGAACAUGUUUUUUUUUCUAUUAAAUUAAACUUUAAAAUGCA